GGGAUGCUGAGGGGCUGCUCCCGGGCGCAGCGGCGCGGCUGCUAGGAGGCGCCGAGGCAGCGGCGGGGCUCCGGGCGCGCGGCUGGAUGCCCCGGGCCUGCGGGUCCCUGUGCUUCCCGCCGUCCAGGGGCGCUAGCCAUGGGCGCCGCGGCCGCUGAGGCGCCGCUUCGGCUGCCAGCCGCGCCCCCGCUUGCCUUCUGCUGCUACACGUCGGUGCUUCUGCUCUUCGCCUUCUCUCUGCCCGGGAGCCGCGCGUCCAACCAGCCCCCGGGUGGCGGCAGCGGCGGCGGCGGCGGCGGGGACUGUCCCGGUGGCAAAGGCAAGAGCAUCAACUGCUCAGAAUUAAAUGUGAGGGAGUCUGAUGUAAGAGUUUGUGAUGAAUUGUCAUGUAAAUAUGGAGGAGUCUGUAAAGAAGAUGGGGACAGUUUGAAAUGUGCAUGUCAAUUUCAGUGUCAUACAAAUUACAUUCCUGUCUGUGGAUCAAAUGGGGACACUUAUCAAAAUGAAUGCUUUCUCAGAAGGGCUGCUUGUAAGCACCAGAAAGAGAUAACAGUAGUAGCAAGAGGACCAUGCUACUCUGAUAAUGGCUCUGGAUCUGGAGAAGGAGAAGAGGAAGGGUCAGGGGCAGAAGUUCACAGAAAACACUCCAAGUGUGGACCUUGCAAAUAUAAAGCUGAGUGUGAUGAAGAUGCAGAAAAUGUUGGGUGUGUAUGUAAUAUAGAUUGCAGUGGCUACAGUUUUAAUCCUGUGUGUGCUUCUGAUGGGAGUUCCUACAACAAUCCUUGUUUUGUUCGAGAAGCAUCUUGUAUAAAGCAAGAACAAAUUGAUAUAAGACAUCUUGGUCAUUGCACAGACACAGAUGACACUAGUUUGUUGGGAAAAAAAGAUGACGGACUACAGUAUCGACCAGAUGUGAAAGAUGCUAGUGAUCAAAGAGAAGAUGUUUAUAUUGGAAACCACAUGCCUUGCCCUGAAAACCUCAAUGGUUACUGCAUCCAUGGGAAGUGUGAAUUCAUCUAUUCAACUCAGAAGGCUUCUUGUAGAUGUGAAUCUGGUUAUACUGGACAGCAUUGUGAAAAGACGGACUUUAGUAUUCUCUAUGUUGUGCCAAGUAGGCAAAAGCUCACUCAUGUUCUUAUUGCAGCAAUUAUUGGAGCUGUACAGAUUGCCAUUAUAGUAGCGAUUGUCAUGUGCAUAACAAGUGGGCAGACACAAGAGCGGGUACAACACAAUGAGAUUUAUACCACCAUGGAGAAACAGAAAAUGCCCUAAAAACAACAGAGGACGGCGACAGAAGCAAAAUCUAGGUCAUUUUACUUCAGAUACAUCAUCCAGAAUGGUUUAAACUGAUGACUUUUAUAUGUACACUAACCAUGUGAUGUACAUUUAUUAUGUCUUUUUUUAAAGAAUGGAAAUAUUUAUUUCAGAGGCCUUAUUUUUGGACAUUUUUAGUGUAGUACUGUUGGCUCGUAUUUAGAAUAUUCAGCUACAACAGUUUUGGACUGUUUAGUAGUCUUUGUUUUAUGUUUUUAAAUACAGAAAUUGAUUUCACAAAUUUAUACCACAUGGUAAUUCUAAGACUUGUUCUUUACCCAUGGAAUGUAAUAUUUUUGCAAAGAUGGACCACUUCACAAAUGGUUAUAAAGUCAUACCCACUUCUUCCACAAUGACCACAACAAAUGACCAAGCAUGAACUAAAGGUAAAGAUGUUUACAGAUUACUUUUCUUACAAAAAAAAAGAUAAAAAAAUCUAGAAGACACUGUGUUUAAAUAGACAUUUAAAUGUUUUUGAGAUUUAGUAACUGAUUUUUUAGACACUGCCUAUCGCAUGAACUGUAAAGUUGUGUGUGUUAGAUGUAAAAUAUUUAUAAGUUGUAUGGAUUGGAAUUUGAUUAUUCCUCUCUUUGAAAAAAUAAUUCUGAUAAUUUGGAAAAGUAUCUGGUAGCAAAGAUGGAACAGAUCACUGGAAAGUAGAUUUUUAGAUAUUGUGAAAAUAGUCUGUUUAACAAACAGAUUGGAAUAAAGCCUUCUCUAUCAGUUAAACUACUUUAAUACACAUUCGUUUUUAAGAAAAUAUUUGUUUUAACAUAAAUAAACAAAGUGUAUCUGUGUUUGUGAAUAAAAUGCAAAAAUGAUUGUAAAUGAUUGGUGCUCUUAAGGUGAGCUUAAAAAUUAUCUAAGACCUCUAUCCAAAUUUGUCCUGUAGUAAUAGCUGUAUUAAUAGAUUGUUGGUGUUUAGAGAUCUGAAGUGUGAGUAGAAUGUAUUCAGCUGUUUAACUUGUAGUUUAGAUUAUGCAUGUAGAAUUUAAGAAUAUGUUCAAAAUUAAAUAUUAAUUUUAAUAUUUGGUUUGGAAAAGCAUGUUAUAAUAUAAUGUUUUCACUA